CAAUUUCCAUCAUCUUUUGCUAUAAAACCAUGUUCUUAAUUCUUAUUAUUAACACUAAGUGUUCUUCUUUCUUAACCUUUAGAGUUAUAUUGCAGUUAAAAAAUGGCCCUGGGAAGAGGCAGUGUAAUUGUUGCUCUAACACUGUCAUUUUGGUCGGUGCUUCACUGUGAGAUGGCUCACUCAGCCACCUACACAGUUGGAGAUGCAAAUGGUUGGACCUUUAACACUGUGGCUUGGCCUAAAGGGAAACGAUUCAGAGCUGGUGAUACACUUGUUUUCAACUACAGCCCUGGGACUCACAAUGUGGUGGCUGUAAAUAAUGGUGGCUACAAAGCAUGCAAGACCCCAAAGGGUGCCAAAACCUAUAAUUCAGGAACUGAUCAGAUCAAGCUUGCGAAGGGACCAAACUACUUAAUCUGCAAUUUCGUUGGUCACUGCGAGUCUGGCACCAAAAUUGCCAUUAAUGCUCUCUGAUUUACCAUUCCACAAAACUGCACUAUCUUAUGUGCUUUCAGUACUGUUGUCCAAUUAAAAUCUCAGGUUUUACUUGACAGACAGCACAAGAUAACAAGUAUUUUAUGCUUUAUAUUUGAGUUUUAUCUUUUUUAAUUUCAGAUUUCAUCUUCUGUUCCUUUUC